AUGGUGGGUGGUGGUGAUUGCAAGGUCGCCACUGUGGAGGUGGAGGCAGCCGCUGCGGACAACACGGCGACGCUCCCGGUGACCAGACCUCUGAAUCCGCAAAACUCGUCGCCAAACGCGCAGGACAACGCCGAGAAGAACAACGCGGCGAACAAAGAGAUGGAGCUGAAGAACUGUCGCGUGCGUGAAGUUCAUCCGGAAGAACUGGCAAUGGAGGUGGAAACGGUGCCGUGUAUGGAGAACAACAACGUGAACAGAGCCGGCGGUGGUGCAAGACACGGUAGUAGAGUACAAAUAGUCCGAAAGACACGGACGUCGCUGUUCAUCAUCAUGAGUUUCAUCUACGCGAAACUGCUGGUGGUGGUGUGCAUCGCUUACGUGAUUAGCGAGGUGGUCACGCACAAGCUGCCUCUCUACUACUACGAGGGAUUCUUCACGUACCUGUACGGUGUCAGCAUCCUGUUCCUGUUGUACGUGUUCUGCUUCCUGCUGCAAGAAAGCGCCUGCUGCGCGAGGGGCAGCGACACGCCGCCGCCGCCCCCGAGGCCACCGAAACCACCCAAGGAGCCCAAAGAGAAGAACAAGAAGAAGGACAAGAAGGACAAGGAGCAGAAAACGUCGAAGAACAAGAAAGAGUACCAGGAUGCGGCCGACGUCGAAGCUGGCGUGGCCACUCGGGCUCUACGAAAGCGCAAGACCUCGCAAAACGAUCAGAGCCACGGGAGCUUCUUCCUCAGAAUCGGAGCGAUUGCUUUCGGCUUGGGCACGAUGGUCUACAAUGGCUUAGAAUUUGGCACCUUCUUCGAAGUGCCGCCCACGUCACCCUGCUACCAGAUCCUUCAGGGCGUGAAUCCGGUUCUGCAAAUGAUUUUCACGUUCAUGCAAAUGUACUUCAUCUUCAUGAACUCGAGGCUCAACAUUCACCGUUUCAAAGUGAUCGCUCGUUUCGGUUUGAUGCACGUGGUCGCUACCAAUCUCUGCGUCUGGAUUCGUACCCUGGUAUUGGAAAGCAUCAAGGAGAUCACGAAGCAUCAUCAGAAAAUGGGUCAAUUCGAGGCGGGCAUUCUUGAGAGUAUCAAACAGCACUCGAUGAGAAACGCGGGAGCCAUAUUGGGGACAGCGCCUCGAGACGUGGCUCUUUUGCGAGAGGCGCCAUUAACCGCCACGAGGUCAUCGACCGUUUCAACGUCGGUGGCAAGCACGAUAGCUGCCUCGUUGGGUCGAGUGAUGAGAACGACGGCAAGGGCGAUCGCGAGGGCUGUCACGACCCCAACGUCGACCACCACCACUGGCUGGAACCCUCCGACCUCAACGACUACUUCCACAUCAGCCCCCCAGCCCAGUUUGACUACGACCACUGCCAACACUUUGUCCACUCUCUUCACUACGCUCACGUCGAAAGCUACCACCGAGGAAAGGACCAGUCCGACUACACCCACUACGACCACUACGACCACCACCACCACCACCACCACACCCUCCACCACCUUCUCGUCUUUCUUCAUGGAACUCUUUGACGCGCCUCAAGCCGACAACAAGGAGGAGAUACACCAAAUCUUCGACGUGAACAAUCAGACGAAUAGCAGCGAAUACUGGAGCCCGAACUUCGGAGCGUACGCGGAGGCGUUAACAGACGAGGAGAUUGCGUCCAAUUCCUGCGGCCGAGUCAACAUCAUGGGGACUAUCGUGCAGGACGCAGAACCGUAUCUGUUCCCGUUUAUCAUCGAGUACAGCUUGAUCGGCGCCGCGGUGAUUUACGUCAUGUGGAAACACAUUGGACGACAUCCUCGUUGGCCGCACCAAGUGGAAGCGGACCUUGAGCGCCGCCUCGAGGCUAUGCUGUCUCGAAGAGCUGUCGCUUUGGCUCAUGCGGGUCACACAAGGGUGGACUGUGUAGGAGCGAGCAAAGGACUGUUCUUCGGCCUGUUGCUGCUGGUCGGCUCCCUCAUCUGCCUGAUCCUCUUCUUCGUGCUGAUCCAUCAUCCAGACUUCGGCCUGGUCGCCAUUUACCUAGCGGACGUCUCCCAUUGCGUGUUGAUGGUCCUGUCGAUCGUCGCCAUAAUCGUCGGGUUCAUACGGGUACAGAGCUUGAAGUUCAAAGCCGAAGAGCAGAGCGACCUCAACGACAUCCUCCUUCGCGUGUCCGGCUUCGGAUUGUUCGUGUACGCGGUGUUCAGCGUGAUCGCCGGCUCGUUGGCGGCGUUCACGCACGAGCCGAAUCUCCUUGUGAUGCUGACCGGUCUGCUGUCGGUCGCGCAGGUGAUCCUGCAGAUGCUGUUCAUCGCGGACGUGUCCCGCAGAAGGGUCCACCUGCCUGAGCACGAUCGUAGCAAGCCCGGCCGACAGGUCGUCACCUUCCUGCUUAUCUGCAACCUGACCAUGUGGGUCAUCUACACGUUCGAGUCGCAGAAAGUGAUGGCGAAUCCGGUGCAGCUCGAUUUCUACGGGUUCCUCGCCUGGGCCAUCGUGCAGAGGGUCACUCUGCCGCUCUGCAUCUUCCACAGGUUCCACAGCGCGGUCACGUUCGCGGAGAUAUGGAAGACCAGCUACAAGGCGCGUCUCGACUAGACGCAGCCUGCCGCUGGCUCGCACUGGUACCAAUGGCCCGGAGUGAUGGUCUCGUCGUUCGCAGACAGAAUCGGGAAUGAUUUGACGAAAUGAUGAAUGACGGGCGAGGCCGAGGUUGCUUAUCGACGACUCGAACAUUCCUGGCAAUUUUCAUGCGAAUUCGAGUCGAUCUCUCGAGCGUAGACGCUCGAGGACGAGGGGACGGAUUGUGUCAACAGGUAAGAAAGAGAGAGAGAGGGAGAGGGGGACUUCGCGCGGCUGAUCGAAGCCGGCCAAAUUGGACAUAUCUUGAUGGCUCGUUGAUGGAUCGCCGGAGAACUCGAGGCAGCCUCCGGCCUCUUUUUUUCAAAUCUCGGCAAAAAAGAAAAAGUAACAGGGAAUAAUAGGAGCGACAACGAAACACGUUGCUUUUACGAUCCUCGUCGUCGAGGAAAGAACUCGAGGGAACUCGAUCGACUCGAUUGGAAAAGUCGGGGGUCAAGGUGAAAAAAAAAAAGCGUCGAUGCUGCGCCCUCGCGAGGCAAACCGGGAAAACCCGCCGCGUUGGAUCGCGACGCGUCGUUUUAUUUUUUUACACGCGUUACGUACACGUUUUUAUCCUCGGUUAUCUUAGCUUGAAAGAAAAGAAGACAGAAAGAAAGAAAGAAACGCAGCCUCCUUGAUCAGGUAAAGUCAGAAACGAAAGAGCACACGGAUCAAGGGGAGAGAGAGGUCGAUCGACGACCGCCGGAGAAAAUGAAAAUAAAAACGGAAACUAAAAACGAAAACGAAAACGAAAAUUCCGAGUAGGGACAAAAGCAGAUGAUUAAACCGAUUUAUAAAGCACAAAAACUUCUAGAGAACAAAAACCGAACGAACACAGUGUACGUGCAAUGCCAUUCUCACGAAAUAGAGCCCAUUUCCUUUUCACACCGUGUUUCACACCUUUUACGAUCUCUAUAUACUGCCGUCAAAUUUUCUACUUUUAUAUAUAUUAUAUAUGUACCCUCGCCCCAUCGUGCAUCGAGAGCAUUUCAGAGAGUUCGCUUCGCUCUUCGACAAUCUCGGGAUCGUUCCCAGGAACGUCAUCGAUCGCCGAUCGCGAGUCUCGAGGUGUAUCGGAAAUCCAGUUCAAGAACUGUUCAAUAGCCAGUAGACGUUGUUACAAUCGCUGCGACCGGAGCGAACGAUCUUCUUAACGAGUCACCUCAUUAUCAGCGAAUCGAGUACAUUCUCCGUUAGCGUGGCCCACGGUAGUUUUUAGCUGAAUAGCCGUGUGAUCUCUUUCUCGCGAGAAAAGAAGAAACAAGUGGAAAAACA